CAAAGAAGGAGCCUAUGGAGGAAGCAGGAAGUUCGUCUACCAAGAAGGAUAGCCUGAGCACAUAAACAAAAAGCAAAAGAGCAGAGCAAAAGUCAAAGUGAAAGUUUGACACCUUUAUCGCAAUGGCCGGCAUUAAAGCACUGGUUGGUUUGUCCUUUAGUGGUGCUAUUGGACUGACAUUUCUUCUGCUGGGCUGUGCACUGGAACAGUAUGGGGUAUACUGGCCGCUGUUUGUACUGAUUUUCUACAUAUUAAGCCCCAUCCCGACCUUCAUAUCCAGACGCCUCAGUGAUGACACUGACUCCUCCAGCAAUGCAUGUAGAGAGCUGGCCUACUUCUUAACAACUGGCAUUGUCGUAUCAUCCUUUGGGCUCCCUGUUGUCCUAGCCCGCAAUAACACAAUCCAGUGGGGCGCCUGUGGUCUGGUGAUGACAGGAAACGCUGUCAUCUUCCUCACCAUCCUCGGCUUUUUCGUUGUGUUUGGAGGCGGGGACGACUUUAGCUGGGAGCAGUGGUAGAGUGCCUUUGCACAGUGGACAGACAGAAGGAUGGAUAGGUGGGUAGGUGGAUAGUUGAAUGGAUAAACUGCAGACUAAGGGGCACAUGUGUUCUGUACUCAAUGGGGAUGAGGAACAGGGUGCAUAAUGUCAAAUUUACAGAGUAUGUUAUCAGGUCAAUGUUUAUACUGGGGGUAUUAGAGACAAUACUAUGUACCCUAUUAAUGUGCCUUAUGUCUGGGACCAGGGAAACACUGAUUCCUAUACCCUGCUUAUGCUUUAACACCAGUACUAUCCACCUUAACCCAUAUAUUUUAGCUUGUCUCGCCCCCCAAAUCACCGUGUUCAUUGCAGCUGCCUGCUAUUUCAUUAUGCUUCAGUUAAUCAAUAUCAUAAAGGGAUCUUAAAGAGUAACUCCAUUUUAAUGUACACUACAAUGCUCAAUGCAUUAUCUGUCCUCACUGUUCAAGGGGAAAAUGGCUAUACUGAAUUGUGGCUUGUUUAUUAUGAGCACUGUUAGCUGUUUAAAGUGCAAAGGCAGGGCAAGUUAUCGUAAUCUAUUCUAUCUGACACAUAGUUGUAGGACUCCUAAUCAGGUAAAAAAAAUUAUAUAUAUUUGUAAGGAAAUGUGUUUUUGUUUUCAAUACUUUAAAGCAUUGUUUUUUUUUGUUUUGGUGCAAUGUUUACAUUCUCACCAAAGAUCAUUUUAGACUGCAAAUAUGGAGCAUAUUCACCACUGAACUGUAGGCCUUUAUCUGUGCUGUGUAGCAACGUGAUCCUCAGAAGCUCGCAGAGGAAUUUGAGAAAGCACUGUUGACUGUGUAUCAUACAUGUAAGCAUUGAUGUUCACUUAGUGUGUGAACUGUACCCACUUUCAUUUUCUAUUCCUGCAGAUGACAAAGAAGUUCAUAAUAUUGACAAAAGAGCAUGGUAUCAGUUUGUGAGUUAUAUUUUUACAUGUUGGAUGGUAAAUAUUGUACAUGUAUGUUUUUAGGCCAAGUGUACUUUAUCCUGCAACGUCAGUCACAAGUGCCUUUGGAAAUUAUCACUGUUUGAGAUUCGAAUCAGUUUUUUGUGUUGUCCAUCAUCAAGGGCCAUUGAAAUCUGUAACUGUAAAAUCAAUAUUACCUCCUCAUGUUCUGUUUCAGCAUUGUCAGUAACUGACUAUUAACAAGGCUUUGAAUUUUGUAUAAUUAGCCCCACUUCAGAGACUAUCAAAGAUCUGUUUUGAAAAUUC